AUGCAAAGAGAAGACGGGCGAAAUAACUUGCAGCACAGAAGGAUAGGCGUGGAAAUAGAUAGAGACGUGGUCUUUUCAUUCGGGCUAACAAAGAUACACACGAUGCUCGAUUACGCCUCCCAGCUGAAAAAAGGAGUAAUUGCGAAAGUAAUCAUCGAAGAGAGCGCGCUGCCUCCGACUGUCUCCAAAGUAAGAAGAGAGAAGAUGGUGGAAGAAAUAGAAAAAACAGUGGAGAGCAUCUUUGAGAAUGCAAUUUUAGACAAGGAGAACAGCUACACUGUUAUUUGCCGCGUUCUGUGCGACAAUGGAUCGAUGCUCUCUGCGAUUAUAAACAGCGUUUCUCUCGUGCUGCUGAGCUACAAAGUGUCGAUUAGAUAUAUGAUAUUCAGCGCAACUGUUGGGCUAUCACUGCACAGACACUUGGAGUACAUCGUCGAUCUAAUCGAUGCAGAAGAAAGGUCGGAUACUCCGUACAUUACCCUUGCCAUGCCGUACACCGAUAGAGACAGACUGGUGUCGUACGGGUCGCUUUCCAGGCCGCUAUCAGAGAAAGCUUUCCUUGACCUUAUGGAGUACGCUACCGGUGUGCUGGUGGGCAUUUCAGAGGAGAUAAUGGAAAAGACAAAGAGCCACAAAAUAUAA